AGCUCCCAUCACUCCUCUGCGCGUCUCCACACGGAGCUCACAACGGGGAAUAACGCAAGAACAGCAACGGGAUGUCCCACUAUGCUGUAUGUCUUCAACUGCAGAACCGCACAUCUUCUUGAUUGAAAAGAGGCUUUUUUUAAUAACUUUGAGAUGAUUCUUUUUUGUACUCAUUUGGAUUCUUUAAUGAUUUGAAUGGCACCGAGUGGGAUAUAACCUAAAGCAUAACUCUGCGGCGGACUAAACUCUGGACUAAACACGCGUUAUUGCUUUCAGGACGAUCUCUGCUUAGCAGUUUUACUACCAGACAGUUAUUAACGCGACUUUUUUUGUGGUGGAAUAACUUUCCCAACCUCUCCAGCUGAGGGGCUCACCCGGACAGGGAUGUGCGGGGCUCGGGGUGUCGCGGUGACCAUGUCCGGCAGGACCAGGGUGAUCUGGGCUGCCCUGCUCCUAUUGUCCGGGCUGGUCGGCCAGCUCGGCGCGGUGCAGGCGUUCGGCGAUGAGGUGGAGGAGAUGACCUGCGACCCUAUCCGGAUCUCCAUGUGCCAGGGUCUCGGUUACAACGUCACCAAGAUGCCCAAUCUGGUCGGCAACGUGCUGCAGUCGGACGCGGAGCUGCAGCUGACCACGUUCACACCUCUCAUACAGUACGGCUGCUCCAGUCAACUGAAGUUCUUCCUGUGCUCAGUCUAUGUGCCAAUGUGCACAGACAAGGUGCCAAUCCCCAUUGGUCCAUGUGGUAGCAUGUGUCUGUCUGUCAAGAGAAAAUGCCUCCCCGUACUUAACGAGUUUGGCUUCAUAUGGCCUGAGGUGCUCAACUGCAGCCUCUUCCCACCACAGAACGACCACAACCACAUGUGUAUGGAGGGUCCAGGGGAUGAGGACCCACCCUACCCCCCUGUCCGCCCUCUGGCACCCCAGGAGGAGGAGUGCCAGGCCCUGGGAUCUGCACCCGACCAGUACGCCUGGGUGAGACGAAGCCAGAGCUGUGCUCUGCAGUGCGGCUACGAUAGUGGGCUUUACCGGCGAGGGGCCAAGGUCUUCACGGACGCCUGGAUGGCCGUGUGGGCCGUGUUGUGCUUUCUCUCGACCACUCUGACCGUCCUGACCUUUCUGUUAGAUUCACAGCGUUUCUCCUAUCCUGAAAGGCCAAUCAUCUUCCUCUCCAUGUGCUGUAAUCUAUACAGCGUUGCCUACCUGGUGCGGCUGACUCUGGGGAGAGAGCGUGUUUCCUGUGACCUGGAAGAAGCCGCAGUACCAGUUCUUGUACAAGAAGGGUUAAAGAGUACCGGCUGUGCCAUAGUCUUCCUUCUGCUCUACUUCUUCGGAAUGGCCUCCUCACUGUGGUGGGUAAUCCUCACACUGACCUGGUUCUUGGCUGCUGGUUUGAAGUGGGGCCAUGAGGCUAUUGAAAUGCACAGCUCCUAUUUCCAUAUAGCAGCAUGGGCCAUCCCGGCUGUUAAAACCAUCGUCAUCCUCAUCAUGAGACUGGUAGACGCAGAUGACUUGACCGGGCUCUGUUACGUUGGCAACCAGCAGCAGGAGGCACUUACAGGCUUCGUUGUGGCACCUCUUGCAACAUACCUACUUAUAGGCACUCUGUUCAUCUGUGCUGGCCUGGUGGCUCUCUUCAAGAUCCGCUCCAAUCUGCAGAAGGACGGCGCUAAGACAGACAAGCUCGAGCGUCUGAUGGUGAAGAUUGGGGUGUUCUCUGUCCUCUACACUGUCCCAGCAUCCACUGUCAUCGGGUGCUACCUUUAUCAGCUCUCCAACUGGGGGGACUUCAGGGCCAGUGCCUGGGACUCAUACGUGGCAUCAGAGAUGCUUAGAAUCUUCAUGUCUUUGCUGGUGGGCAUCACCUCCGGCAUGUGGAUCUGGUCAGCAAAGACUCUCCACACCUGGCAGCGCUGCUCCGCCCGCCUUCUCAGGGAUGGCAGGGCAAACCGAGGGGCCAAGAGGGCGCCGGGUGAGGGCUGGAUCAAACCGGGGAAAGGCAAUGAGACAGUGGUGUGACAUGGAGAGAGAGGGAGAGGAGAGGAGAGAAUGGACAGGACAGAAAAAGAGAGGUGGAAAAAGACAAAGUGCCCCACUUCCACCCAACUCCUACCAGCUUCUCUGCCAGAAACUCACAUUGCCAGGAGGUAUGAAGAAGACAGAGAAUGGUGAGGAGAAGAGACAGCAAGAUGGGCGCCAGGACAUAGGAACAUAGGAGUUUCUCAUGGAAGCCAUUGGCUGCAAUGCCAUUAAAACAUCUCGGAGAGAGUCCCUUAGCAUGUCUCUAUCUGCCUCUAUAGCCCUAUUUACACACGGAUCCCGCAAUACUGCCGUAAUGAAGACCUGUCUUUAGACCGGCUUUGUUUUUGUUUGUUUGUUUUUUGUUGUUUUUUUUUUAAACACUAAACAAAGCCGGCAUAAUGCUUCCCUAGUGUGUAAUUUUACAUGGCAUACUGGUGUUCCGGAAGCAGAGACGUGACAUGUAACACCACAGCGUUGGCGUCACCAAUUUUUUUUUUCCUAGGAGAGAGACAAAUUUAUACAUUUUGUGUGGUCAGUUUGUCUUACUGGUUAAGGUUAGGGUUAGGCACAAGUUAGUUAUGGCUAACAUCAGGGAACGGCUACAGAGAAUGAAUGUAAGUCAAUUAAAAAUCCUGUCACCCUCCUAGGGAAAAAAACAUGUCAGUGUAGUCCUGUCCUGCUGGCUCUCCCAUUUACACAUACGUCAACUCAGCUCUGUGACUACCUCGACUGCCGGUUUAACGCCGGAACAGCAAUGGCCCCCCAUUCCGUGUUCGUACAUUUUACACAGAACAGUGAGGCGGAAUAAUGGUGCAACAUUCUCGCCUUGAACAGCCUGUGUAAAAUGGUAUUAUAUCUUCAACACGGACUGAUACAGGGGUGAAGAAGGCAGAAAAAGGGACACACAGACACAUAGAUAAGUAGCAACAGUAGCCUCUCUACCUCUGUAAGACUUACAAUGCCCCGACAGUUCGAGAAAGACAGAGAGACAUGCAGGGGAACUGAGGAACAGGCAGAAAGGAUAGAUAUGCAGGAUAGACCAUUAACACCAGUAACACAAGCUGUCUUCCUCCACGUCUACCUCUCUGUCUCUCUUCUCUCCACCCCGCAAGACUCUAUAAGCCCAGGCCUGUUGGAUACACAAACCCACAUGCCGCUGUCUCAUCUUAAGAGAUGAGAUGUUUUAAGUUUUGAAUUUUAUUACACUGGAGAGUCCUGGUGCAGAUGACAAAUAGAUGUAGGCUGAGAGUUCCCAAUGGCAUCUGAUCUCUAAUAUUAUACUUAUAUGGGUCUUAUAUGGGCCUGCGUCAUCAAAUAAUCCCCCUGUUGGUCAAUGUUAUCCUCCAGGAACAUGGAAUGCAAAACCAAAUGUAAUGAAAUGUGAAAAGUGUGCGCAAAAAGUUGAAACCACAGCCUAAGAUGCAUCUGAGAUGGCUUUAUACAUUUUUGUGGAUUAUGCUGAAAUACACCUAUUAUAGAGCAGUUGGUUUUAUUGCUCAGAAAGUAUUGGGAAACCGGCUAUAAGCUGUUGUAAUACACUCUUUCUAGAUACAGCAGGCAAAGUGCCUCACCAGGGACACUAAUGCUGGGACUAAUAACAAAGGAUUGGACACUUACGUGCACAGUGCCUUUGACAAGGAGUUUGGUCAGCUUUCCAUAUGGGGUCCAUAAUGCUGACUCUUCAGUGAAGCAAAUGGUAUUGGUUGCAAAAUCUAGCAAUACACUUCCCACCCACACCCAGCAUUCUCAAAGUGAGCUGAUGUAGAAGCAACAGACUUAGCAAUGUCAAUGGACCAGGACUGCAGAGCUAAUAAUGGCUGCCUCUAAAAAUGUCAGUGUCCAAACUGAGACUAUCUGAGGCCUUGAGUGUGACAUGAGUGGAUGAAACCUGCAAAGAGAAAAACAGGCUUUCACGUGUGUUUUAUGCUUCAAACAGGCAGAAACAGCCACAGUGGUACACUGUUCCUACAUCUCAUCUGAAGGAAAGGACAGAUAGGGAGACAUAAUGCACAAUUUGUUGGAUCUCUCUGUUGUACAUUUAGGUAAAGCCGAGUCCCAACACAAGUCUGUGUGAGAUGUUAAGUCAUACAGUCACCAAGAACCCUGCGAGUAGCCCGUUGUGCCUUUAAGCUUCACUCAAAUGUUGAAGCAGUGAAGGUAUCUGGGAAAUGUAAGCCUUUGUUUUUUUUUUUUUUUUUUUUUUUUUUACCUCAGUAAUAUGUGAGCAGCAGAGCUGACCUCCACUGAUGUAUGUAGUCCUCCGAAAACCCUGUAUGUGCUCUUGAGUUACCACAAAAUCCAGGAAAUCAAAUUAGUCCCUCCGUCCUCUUUUCCAAACAUGGGACCAGAGGCGGUUUAGGGAAUUAGAAGCUAUUAGACAAUCAGUUCCCAAAACAUGCAUUAUGCAAAAACCAAGUACUGACACACACACACAGAUAAGCACGUGGGUGUACACAAGCAAAAAUGCAGGCAUACACACAUUGAUAGAAUGAGGGAGGCUGUUUGUCCAGGUGAUAUUUUACACUGUCAGCUCCCAUCUGAUCCACCAACUCAUCUAGACUGACAUGUUGAUAUAAUAACCAUAUAAGAAACACAAAUACACAGCAGGGAAUUAUGUCUGUCUAAAUCUGUUUGCCUGCCUGUCUGUAUGCUCUGCUUUCUGUCUUCUUCUCACUUAGUUCUGUCAGUCCGAUUGUUUAUGUUUGCCUGCAUUUCUCAGCCUGUAUUGACUUUAUUCAGAACAAGAAUUGCUUUAAUUUGCCACGUACAACUGGUGCACAAGGAAUUUGACCUGGUUGUUUGUUUGUUUUUAACAGUACAGGAGUGUUACACAAUAGAGGACUGGCACACUGAGUGCAGUGCAAAAUGUAACAGGACUUACUACAUACUGCAGAUGAGUUGCAGUAAAAUGAGUAACUACCAAUUCACAGAUGCAGCUUAUUGGGAAGCCUUUAUAGAAAAUGUUUGUUUUUUUUUAGCCCAUCUGCCUCUUUGUCUGCCUUUACUUUCCCACAUGUAUGUCCAAAUUACCCUCCUGUCUGUUUUUAUGUCUGACAAUCAAAGUUCGGCUUUAAUUACAAUAUUUUAUUCAUGGUCCACACUUAACAUGUCUUACCACUACAUUCACCGUUUUCUGCAGCAGCUCCUGCAUAUAUUUGCCAGACAAUCUAUUUAGCUAAGCUGUUUUCUAUUUCAGUAAGUGUUUUGAAUGUACAAUACUUUGGGUGUGAGUCAUAUUACCAUUUAGUCCUCAUCUUGUCUUCUACAUUUGAGCAGAACGAACAAGAUUUGGCAACUUAAUUUUGUACAAGGGCUGGAAUCAUUUGCGGCUUUUCCCUCCAGUGUGAUUUUCUUAACCAGAUAGUGCCUCACGUAGCCUGUCACAGGUAUUUUUUAGACAAAUGUUUAGAAUGGCACAGAAUACAGUUGGACAGGUGUGUGCUGCAUUUCCCCCAAAACAUAUUAAAUGUAACAGCAUCCUUGUUGUACUGUAAGUCAGCAUAACAAAGAUACUUUUGAAUAUUCUUGGGAAACCCACAACCAUGAAACAGUCUUGACCAGUGUUUCUCAAACAGUAUGCCUCAGCACACUGAUUACAUUUCAAAAUGCAAACAAAUGUUACAUUGAAUUAAGUUAAUGCAGUUUCCCUCUUGGACUGUCUUAAUGUUUGGCUGUCUCCUUUUGUAUGAUCACAUUUGGCUUCAGGUGACAUUUCUGAGCAAUCACUGAAUAGUUAUAGCCUCAAAAUGUGGUAAAUGUGUGCCACGGUCUUAAAAAGGUUGAGAACCACUAAUGACAAAGAUAUUUUAAUGGCUUUUGAGAUGCCCAGAUAGGAAUCAGUGUUUAGGUCAGUUCACCAACACCGAUCUGAAUCUUUAGGGUCUAGACUCUCUUCCUACAGUAGGCUAUAUGACUGUAGCCUAGCCGUUAGCUUGUAGCUCCAUGAAGUGUUUUUCUGUUUUGUAAAGCAAACCCAGUGUCUUGAUGAUGUCAUCAAUGUAUUAUAAGAAAAUUGCUAAUUUAUCUUUGUAAAAACAUGACAAUUUUUUUUAAAAAAACAUGUUUGUUAUUUAAAAAACACUUUUGUAUCAGAAGAUGUUGAAUUAAAACUUUUUGGUUUUCAACAU